UCCUUGUGUGCCGAAUUAAUAGGAUAGCGUACCUUAGAGGUCUAGGUAUGCCCAUUGCAUCGCCGGUGGAUGUUUUACCAACUCUUUCAAAUGAAUGGAAUCUACAACUUUUCGCAUUUAACAAGCACCACCCCUUUUUCGUCCCGUGUUGGCUUGGAGCAGUAAACAAGGCUGUAGGUUGGUUAUAGAAUCACCUCCUGUCCCGGUCAGUGCUUUUCUUUCAGAGAGGCGAGAUCAGCCAACAUGGUCGGGCGGUUUGCUCUCCACAUUUGAGGUGGCCGCUCACUGUUUAGAAGCUGGGAGCUCUGUCCCGUCGGUGGCAUUGAUGCUGGAGGAGAUGCCGCUGUAGCUGGCUGUGUUGAAGCAAUCCUGGUUCUUGUUGGUGAAUGCAGUCGUGUGUUUAUAACAAGCACUGUGACAAUUCAAUUUUAAACGUGACAAGAGUUCCUGCUUUCCGGGAACUUUUCACCACAGGCAGUCGGUGCCCGGUGUUAGCGAGGAGGCUAUCACUCUCUCUCUCCCUGGUGCAGAAUGGAGGAGCUGACCGCAUCUGACACCGAAACCAGCCCCAAGCAAGAAUCCCACUCCAUCCAGACUCGCCUCCGGAAACACUUCCAAAAGAACAGACCCUUCCUCGGCUCGAAAGAGCAGAAGGGCGAUUCUAAGAAAGAAACAACGGGCAGAGUGCAACUGAAAAGCAAGAGGAGGCAGGUACUGGACCGCGUCUUCUCAUCCUCUCAGCCCAACCUGUGCUGCUCGGGACCGAACGACAACAUGGGCUCCAGCGGUCAGAGGGAUUCCCGGUCUGGGACCAAGCUUCUGCCCGAACCGAAAGCGGGCACCCCGCAGAGACAGAAGGCUAUUUUCGCCAGCGUUUGGUCUGCAGUGACCCAUCACAAGAGCUCUUCCCUGGGCACCUCGGAAUGCCUGAAAGUCCCAAACCGUGCUGAGGAAGUGGAGAGCUGCAGCCAGCCUGGAGCUGCAAUGACUGAGAAUUCAAACAAUCAUCUUAGGUCUUCAUUAACUGUAGAAGAUUCCAUAAUGCCCAUCUGUGGGGAACCUCUUGGGAAGCAAGUACUUAAAUCAAGUAAUACAGAUCUCGCUUCAGCAAACAUAGGAAUGUACCAGCUGAAUGUUCUGCUGAAGAGCGGUCACAAUCUAGCAAUACGUGAUCGUGGAGGAACAAGUGAUCCAUAUGUGAAGUUCAAAAUAGCUGGGAAGGAGGUUUACAGAAGUAAGAUAAUUCAUAAGAACCUCAAUCCAAUUUGGAAUGAAGAAACUUCUCUUCUGAUACAAAACAUUGCAGAACCUUUGUAUAUAAAGGUAUUUGAUUAUGACUUUGCAUUACAAGAUGACUUCAUGGGCUCAGUCUACCUGGAUCUGACCAAGUUGGAAUUAAACAGGCCAACUGACAUCACUUUAAAUCUCAAGGACCCAAGCUGCCCUGUUCAAGAACUAGGGUGCCUGUCGAUGACUGUUACAUUAGUAUACAGAGCAACUGAUCCAACAGAGACUAAUAUGAUUUUGAGAAGGAAUUGGACACCAUCCUGCAAGGUACAGAAUGUCCGCCUUCUGGAAGCACACAAAAGGGAUGAGCUCUGGAGAGGGGUUGUCAGUGUCACGUUAGUGGAGGGCCGAGACUUAAAGCCCAUGGAUCCAAAUGGGUUGAGUGAUCCAUAUGUAAAAUUCAAAAUGGGUUGUCAGAAGUACAAGAGUAAGGCUAUUUUAAAAACACUGAAUCCCAAGUGGAAGGAGCAAUUUGAUUUUCUUCUUGCUGAGGAAAGAGGUGGCAUCAUAGACAUCACUGUGUGGGACAAGGACUCUUUGAAAAAGGAUGACUUCAUUGGCAGGUGUCAAAUUGACUUGUCGGGUCUAAGUAAGGAACAUACACACAGACUAGAUUUGCCCCUGUCAGGAGGAAAAGGCUACUUAGUGCUUCUGGUCACUCUAACAGCGUCUGCUCCAAUCAGUAUCUCUGAUCUUUCUUUCACCGCAUUGGAGAAUGAGGAAGAACGCAAAAGAAUAAUGGCAAAAUAUUCCUUGCUAAGAUCCUUCCAAAAUCUGAGAGACAUAGGAUUCGUCCAGGUAAAGAUCAUCAAGGCAGAAGGGUUAAUGGUGGCUGAUGUUACAGGGAGCAGUGACCCAUUUUGUGUGAUUGAAUUGAACAACGACAGAUUGCAGACACAUACUGUCCAUAGAAGUCUCAACCCUGAAUGGAACAAAGUCUUCACUUUCAAUGUUAAAGACAUUCAUUCAGUUCUGGAAGUGACAGUUUACGAUGAGGACCGGGAUCGAAGUGCAGAUUUCCUGGGCAAAGUUGCCAUACCUUUGCUAAAUAUUCAAAAUGGUGAACAGAAAGCCUACGUUUUGAAAAACAAGAAUCUGACAGGGGCAACAAAGGGGGUCAUCUAUCUUGAAAUGGAUGUGAUUUUUAAUGUUAUAAGAGCAAGCGUCAGAACAAUCACUCCCAAAGAAGGGAAAUACAUUGAAGAUGAACAGAAAAUCUCAAAAGAGCUCCUCCAGAAAAACUACCACCGUGUGAGGCGCUGCAUCAUGGUACUGGUAAAUACUGGUCGCUACAUUAACAGCUGCUUUGAAUGGGAAUCACCGCAGAGGAGUCUCACUGCUUUCCUGAUUUAUUUGGUUACAGUUUGGAACUUUGAACUCUAUGUUAUCCCACUGAUGCUACUCGUUUUGCUGAUCUACAACUACUGUUUAAUUAGAUCAGGAAAGGACAACAGAAUAAGCUCUAUGCAAGAGUUGGAGGAGAGCUUGAUAGCAUAUGAGGAGGAUGAAGAGGACAAAAUCGACAAGGAAAAUGAAAGGAAAGGUCUGAUGGAUAAAUUAUCGGCCAUUCAGGAAGUGGGUGUAGCUGUUCAGAAUGGUCUGAAUGAGGUUGCUAGCCUUUAUGAAAGAGUGAAAAAUACCUUCAACUGGACAGUUCCUUUCCUGAGUUGGUUGGCUGUUUUUGUUCUCUCUGCCGGCACCGUAAUCCUUUAUUUUAUUCCUCUAAGAUACAUUCUUCUUGUCUGGGGUAUCCAUAAAUUCACCAAGAAACUUCGUAAUCCAUUACUCAUUGACAAUAAUGAACUGCUAGACUUCCUCUCCAGAGUUCACUCGGAUGUGCAAGUGGUGCACUUCCAUGAAUUGAAUCAAGAGUCCAGUCAGGGACUGAUAACUUUGAAGAAGAAAACCAACUCAGGAUAACCAUUCCCCUCAACCAGAGUUAUUCAGCUGCUUUCUGAAGAUUAGAAAGGGAUUGCUGCCAUAGUAUUAUUUUCUUUCUUCGCUCAUUUAUCUUGAUUUUUACAAUGAAUUGUAGCAUCUGUAAAUGUUGUACAAUAUUGAACUCUGUAUUUGAAAAUGCACAUACUGCUUAUUACUGUAUAGAACACUUAGGUUAAAAUUUUAAAAAUUAUGUUCUCGUGAUAUUAAAGCUUUGCAAAACAUGCCUAAUGCCUGAAUCUUUAUAAGUAGUAUAAAACAGAGAUGGUAAAUAUUUACAAACUGUCCAGUGGCAAUCAUCCCGUCAUUCAAAAGAUAUUGCAGCAUUACACAUUUUGACUGUUUCUAAUGUAUGUUUUCUUGUAAACAAUCACUACAGUUCAUAUUCUAAUGACAGA